AUGAAGAUAGGAGUGAUUGACACCCAUCACUCCCAUGUGGUUAUUCCCAGCGUGGUCGUGCAAGACACCAGUGAGGAGGACCCUGGGCAGAUGCAAGAAGAGGGAAACAGGCAACGCUAUCUACCAUCUAUUGCACUCUACAAUAUUAACAACAAUAGUAAUAAAGAUGAAGAGGAGAAGAAGAAAAAGAAAAAAGAAAAGAAGAGCAAGUCAGAAAAGAAAAAGGAAAAAGAUGGAGAACAAAAGAACAAGGAAAAAAAGGAAAAAAACAAAAACAAAGAUAAAACCAAGAACAAAGAAAAGAAAGAGGAGAAGAAGGCAGAAAUUUUCAUUAUUGAUCCAGCAGGAAAUAUGUACUAUCAUUGGUUGUUCUGCAUCACAAUGCCUGUCAUGUACAACUGGACCAUGAUUAUUGCUAGAGCCUGUUUUGAAGAACUUCAGAAUGACUACUUAGCAAUAUGGUUCAUUACCGAUUAUGUUUCUGAUAUCAUCUAUGUUGCUGACAUGUUUGUACGGACAAGAACAGGUUACCUGGAGCAAGGUCUUCUGGUGAAAGAAGAAGAAAAGCUUAGAGAGAAAUACAAGACAUCCUUUCAAUUCAAAUUAGAUUUUUUGUCAAUCAUACCAACUGAUCUCUUAUACUUUAAGUUAGGACUGAAUUAUCCAGAAUUAAGAAUAAACAGAUUACUCAGAGUAGCUCGUAUGUUUGAAUUCUUCCAGCGAACAGAAACAAGGACAAACUACCCAAAUAUCUUCAGGAUCUCCAACCUUGUCAUGUACAUUGUGAUUAUCAUUCACUGGAAUGCCUGUGUGUACUACUCGAUCUCCAAAGCUAUUGGAUUUGGGGCUGACACAUGGGUCUACCCCAACACAUCCCAUCCCGAAUUUGCCCGUCUGACUAGAAAGUAUGUCUAUAGUCUCUACUGGUCAACACUGACCCUGACUACUAUCGGUGAAACACCCCCUCCUGUAAGGGAUUCCGAGUAUUUCUUUGUGGUUGUUGACUUCUUGGUUGGAGUAUUGAUUUUCGCAACCAUCGUUGGUAACGUGGGCUCUAUGAUCUCCAAUAUGAAUGCUGCCCGAGCCGAGUUUCAAGCACGGAUUGAUGCUAUCAAGCAGUACAUGCACUUUCGAAAUGUAAGCAAAGACAUGGAGAAAAGAGUUAUAAAGUGGUUUGACUACUUGUGGACAAAUAAAAAGGCAGUGGAUGAAAGGGAAGUCUUGAAGUAUCUGCCAGAUAAACUACGAGCAGAGAUUGCAAUCAAUGUUCAUCUGGAAACACUGAAAAAAGUUCGGAUUUUUGCUGACUGUGAAGCUGGGCUGUUGGUUGAAUUAGUCUUGAAACUCCAGCCGCAAGUGUACAGUCCUGGAGAUUAUAUUUGCCGAAAAGGAGAUAUUGGACGAGAGAUGUACAUUAUCAAAGAAGGCAAACUUGCAGUAGUGGCUGAUGAUGGAAUUACACAAUUUGUGGUCUUAAGUGAUGGCAGCUACUUUGGAGAGAUCAGCAUUCUUAAUAUCAAAGGUAGCAAAGCUGGCAACCGAAGAACAGCCAAUAUUAGAAGUAUUGGUUACUCAGACUUGUUUUGUCUAUCUAAAGAUGAUCUCAUGGAGGCUUUAACAGAGUAUCCAGACGCAAAAGCUAUGCUGGAGGAGAAAGGAAAACAGAUCUUAAUGAAAGAUGGAUUGCUGGACAUUGAAGCUGCAAAUUUAGGAAGUGAUCCUAAAGAUAUAGAGGAAAAGAUCCAUUACAUGGAAGGAUCAAUGGACAGACUACAAACAAGGUUUGCCAGGUUGUUGGCCGAGUAUGAUUCUGCACAACAGAAACUGAAAAAAAGACUUACACAAAUUGAGAAAAUACUGAAGCCAAUUAUACAGCAUGAAUUCUCAGAUUUAGAAGAAUUAGAUCCAUCCACAGACAAACCUGGCAUGUCAAAAGCAGAGUAA